UGCUCAUCAAGGUCAGAUCUGAGACGCCGCUGCUAUUUUGACUUCACUGUUAUAACGCACGGUCUGACAUGAUGUUGUGGUUAAUACAGGGCGCUUACCCUCACCCCGAAUUCUUCGAGAGGAUCAUCCCCGCCCUCGCUAAACAGGCCGAUGAAGACGAAGAUAACGAAGUCAGCAUAGAUGCAAUAGCCACGUCACCAUCCAGUGACCGACCCUGGGAACGGCCUUCUCUACCCACUCUGUCUCCCUCCCAGCCUAAAGGACUCCUGUCCCUCUCGUCCACCCCCGCACCGUCCAGCCAAGCAGCCGCCGCCCCAGAGAACUGCAGCAUAUGCGGCUUGUUCCCUGUAGCUGCUCACUGCACCACGUGUACCCAGCGGCUGUGUGAGGAGUGCGACCGACUCUACCACUCGCACCCGGAGCGCGGCACGCACACCAGGACCUCGGUGGGCCCCCCUAGACCCUCAAAAAGGUCUUCGCUGGCCACUUGGCAGUGCUCAUACUGCACUACAGUGAACACGAUGCAGGAGGUGCUGUGUAACACCUGCGAACGUCCUCGUCUGGCCGCCGCCGCUCCCUCGUCUUUACAGCCGGAGCCGUCACAGCCCUCGACCGUAACAGAGUGGCAGUGUAGGAGCUGCACCGUGGUGAACGCCGCCAGCAGCAUUCUGUGUGAGGUCUGUGAGCGUCCUCGCCUGGCCACCCGCCCUCCUGCGACUCCUUCACGGCCCUCGCCGCCCGCCGCGGUGCCUUGCGACAGCGGUCAGUGGAUUUGCCAGGUUUGUACAUACGCCAAUCAAACGGCGUCCUCCAGCUGUGAAAUGUGCGAGAUGGCGAGAGCAGACUCGACGCUUUCGCCUUCCAAACCCCUUCCACCCUCCCCAAAUAAGGAUUUAACGCCGGCGACUCCGCUUACUGAGGACCCAGAAGUGAAGAGGCAGAGAGUAAUGAAGGAGGAAGGGCUCAAACUCAUCAAGCUGAUCCGAGAGGGUGAAGCGAAGGGUGUGAGCCCGGAGGAGGUGUACACCGGCCUGCGCGUUUCGGGAGGCCUGAGCGGCACUCCCUGCGACUGGCUGAAGACCGAGCUGCCGCACAGGCUGGACGAGAUCUGCGCCAUGGCCGCCUCGUUUCAGCACGAGCCCAGACCGCUUCGAACCCCGGCGACCGGAGAGGAAGGCGGCGUUCGGGGCCAGAAGAGCACCGUUCCGAUUUCCAGAGCCGAGGCGAAGCAGGCCUGGCUGGCGGCAGGGGGCGACAGUGAGAAAGCUGCCAGACAGGCACUUAGGAACCGGAAGGCAAGGUUGAAGGAGUUAGCCUCUCUGGGCUUUACUGACUCGGCUGCCUGCGAGGAGGCGUUGCGGCAAAGCGGAGGCGAGGUGAGGGGUGCGCUGGUGCUGCUGCAGCGCCCCCUGCUGGAACCUUUUCAUAAGCGCAUGUGGAGCGACGAGCCCGAGCCUGCCAUCGACAUCAACGACCCGGAUAAACAGCAUGUGUGUCGCAGGCUGCUUGCCAUGUACAAUCUGCCCAGCUGGGGGCGCUGUGAACUGGCUAUGUCUCUCCUCCGCGACCCCGGCGCCCCUUACACCCUGGAGGACGUGGUGCAGGCCGUUCGAGAGUCACAUGAUCGCGAAUUCAUCCGCCGGGUGCUCACCAAAGAGUGUCCUGUUUGCCUGUCCUUAUUCCCACACAACAAGAUGCAGUCUCUGACCUCGUGUCAGUGCUCCGUGUGCUGCGAAUGCUUCAAGCAGCACUUCACCAUCGCCGUGAGGGACAAGCACAUCAGAGACAUGGUCUGUCCCGCGUGUUCCGAACCCGACAUCAAUGACCCCGAAGAUCUCAACAGCUAUUUCUCUACUUUGGACAUCCAGUUGAGAGAUUGUCUGGAGCAGGAGGUCUACGAUCUCUUCCACAAGAAGCUGACCGAGCAGGCUCUCAUCAAAGAUCCCAAAUUCCGCUGGUGCUGCCACUGCUCAAAUGGUUUCAUCUACGAUGGUGAUCAGCUUAAACUGACCUGUCCGCAGUGCAGGAAGAGCUUCUGUUCCCAGUGCAAGAAACCUUGGGAGGCUCAGCACACCGGGCUCUCGUGUGAGCAGUUCCAGCUGUGGAAGAGGGAGAAUGAUCCGGAGUAUCAGCGCCAGGGAUUGGCCGGGUACUUACGUGACAACGGGAUCACGUGUCCUCACUGCCGGUUCCAGUACGCCCUGGCUCGCGGAGGCUGUAUGCACUUCAGCUGUUCUCACUGUCGUUAUCAGUUCUGCAGCGGCUGUAACAACCCCUUCCACACGAAGUGCACCCAGUGCACUAUGGGUGGUCUUCAUGCCCAUCACCCUCGAGACUGUCUUUUCUACCUGAGAGACUGGGAGCCCGCCAGACUUCAGGCCUUACUGCAGAGUAACGGCGUGGCCUUUAACACGGACGUUCCUCAGGGAACACAAGCAGGUGUGUGUGGUGUGAUCGAGCAGAAGGAUGAAGGUGCUCGUCCCAUGGAUUCUGCAUGUGGAGCUCAGACCCAGCCGGGUCAGGCAGGACUUUGCGAAAAACAUUACCGUGAGUACCUGGUGAGUCUCAUCAACGGGCACUCUCUCGACCCGGCCCCCCUUUACGAUCACAAAGAGUUAGAUCUGGCCUGCAAGAGGUACCAAGUGCAGCUGGUCCAGAUGGAGGACGAGGACCCCAGGGCGUACCACGCCCGACUACUGAAGAAACUGAUGGACGACGUUCCUCUGGGCGACAAGGUCCCUCGCAAGAAGUAAAAAAGGGUUUUACCUUUGCCCCUACUCAUUACGCUGAGGCUGUCGAGGCCUCGGUGCAUGUUUUACCUGAGUUUUAGAUGCACACAGUGUGAUUUUAUUCUCGUUUAAUUAUUCAAGGUUUUAGACAAUCGUUUUACGCACUUUAGCUUCAAAGUUCUUGGUGAAUGUGGAAUUCAUCAGUAUUUGACGGGUUCUCGGGUUUAUCUGAAGGGAUUAUUUUGAUUGGCACUGGUGCUUGUUGUGCUGUUUAGCUUUUUUUAGUGAUACUUCUACCAAAAGUAAGCUCAAUGCUGCUGCCUGGGUUAAGACUCGACUGGUUUACAUAUGCUCCCUCUGGCCACUGUACCACUCGGGCUUCAGUUACUGGUACAUUUCCAUUUCCAGCUUCCUUUUAAUGCAAGUCCAAAUAACGAUCGGUGCUCUAAACAUCCUGACUGACUCGUAAUAUCGGGAUCAGUUCUCUUCCCUGGGAAACCUGUCAUAAUCCUCACACACUUAAUCAUUGUGUUAUACACAAAAGUAUUGGGACGCCCCUUUUAAUUUUUGAGUUUAUGUGCUUCAGUCACAAGAAUUGCUAACAAGUGUAAUAAAUUAAUCAUGUGCCUCCAACUUUGCACCAGCAGUAUAGGGAAGGCCCUCCAUAACCCCUACCAGCAUAAAGUGGUGGUAAAGUAUUAAAAUGACAUAGAAUUACAGUUAUGGCAUUUAGCAGACGCGGCCACUAGGCUACAGCUGCCCUCAAAUGAAUGAAUUACUGGAAAAAGCCAAGAAGACUCAAAUGUAUAACAUUUAAGCUCUAUUAUAAGUCUAUAUACAGUACAGAUAAUUAUAUACACUUAUUAUGUAUAUGCAUAAUUAUAUAUAUAUAUAUAUGAUUAUAUAUAUCAAGAACAUGUAAUGUAAGACUAAUCAUGUGACUCUUUUCUGAUCCGUUCUGUAAUGGCAGUAGAUUAAAACCUUAAACCUGCCCUGCUUUGAGGUUCUCAAUGGCUGUGUCUGAAAUAGCCAAAUACAUACUGUAUACUGUAUACUGCAUACUGUAUAAUUUAAUGUCAAGUAUGAGACAAAACAAACCAUACUACAGGUCACUACAGGUCACACAAACAUAUGAAGGUUCCUCCCACAAUUGGAAUGUCGAAACUGGCUACUGGUCAUAUACUGGAAAUUUUGCCCAUAGUAAUACUUUAUCCGUGCAUCUUUCCCAUACUGGAAAGAAUCAUUUUAGGCGCAUACUGUAUACUGCAUACUGAUUUGGGGCCUCAUCAGUACCUGAGUAGUAUGUAGUGUAUAUGUAGGCUAUAUUUAAACACAGCCGUCUGGAACCAGUGUCAUAUGAAGACCAGUUAAUAAACAGGUUGAGAAUUGUGGCUCCAGUUCUGAUGUAGGACUGAUCCUGUCAUUUUUAGCUUUGGUUGAAUGAUAUCAGUGAAUUUUUUUAAUGUGCAUAAUGAAUAAAAGCUGUUUCUCAAAUCCUGAAAAAUAAAACUGAAGCUGCAAA